AUGAAGCCGCUCGACGUCACCGCGGUAAGUAUAUUACGUUAUACUACGUACGCCAAGUAUAUUAAUUUUUUUUUCGUGUGUGUACGUUUGUCGUACGGAAACCGUGGGAGAUGGGGUUGAUAUUUCCGAAAUAAAAAUAAACCGCUAUUUUACUAAUAUUUUUCGAUGAUGAAACCCUCUCUGAACGUGACUGGUGUCUGUCGCCGAACCCCCCUAUAAAUAAGUCCCGGGGAAAACGAGGCCGGAAAAAGGUCCCCGAAAUUCGCGGGUGUUAAACGUCAGGUUUGCACUAUAAUAUUUUACAAUUGACUUUUGAACGACCGGCGUGGCGCCCGUCACGAGCCAUUCGUUCGGUGCAAUCGUUCGGAAUAGUCCACACAUUCAGGUCGAAUUCCCGAAUGUCCGCGUUCGGGCAAAAUGGGUGGAUUUCGGAUUUGAACCGUUCUCAGGUAUUCAAAUUUCAAAAUUCCAAUAUGACCCGGUAUAGGUCAAACAGCGAUUGCAAUGGAAUACAUAUAAUUAAUGUAAUUAACAAUAAUAACAAUUGCGUAACAUUAUAAAGUAUAUAUAAAAUAAAAUGAUGGUAGUGAACGAGCAGACUGGAAAACGAGAAGCCAUUUGAUUGGUCAUCCUAAGCGUUCGGUGCGUUGGAUAAUUGUGGCUGUAAGAGGCGUAAUGAAUGGGAAUGAAAAAGGGAAGACGAGACCUUAUAUCGUGCAAAGGUACUUUACAGAAAACGCGGGAGAAAAGGCAUCGAUAGAACUGUUGAGAAUAUCAAGAAUAAAUUGAGAGUCAAUAAUAUUACGACGGGAGGAAAAAGAAGGGAUAUUUAGAUGAAGGUUGAUUCGGAGUAAUUUUGUUGAAGCUUAGAUGAAUUAAAACUGUAAGUGGCGUAAGAUAAAAAUGUAUGCUGAACUCCCUUUAGACACAACUGAUCCUCGGCAAAUUUCGUUUUAGGAAUUCCCGCGCCGGAAACUACAGACGAAACAGAAGUACGUUUCUCCAGUCCCUUUGUAACUUCAAAAAAAUAAUAUAAAUCGUCGUUUUCUCUGUGCUUACCGCGGUUCCGCACACACUAUAUUUCGUUCGUAGUUUGUGUGGAAUUUUCCGGGUUUUCUGAUACGCCCACCGUAGGAACCGAAAAUAUCGACGGCCAAAAUCUUUGCGGUCUAUGCGCAUAUACGUAUGUUAUCUAAAGCCGUUUGUUUGCCGAUUUGCUCAUUCGGUUCGUAAACAUUGUAAAUAGCAGAUAAUCGAUCGCAUCGGGCCGUAUAACAGGACAACAAUCCCGCAGUGGUAUUGUGCCUGUGUCUGUGUCUGUGAUGAUCCGUAUACUUAAUUUUUUACACGAUCGCGUGGCCGCGGGACAAGGACGUGACCUUGCAUCGGUCGUCCAGAGAGUCCCGGCACGUCGGCGAGCACUUGACACCGCGAGGAGAGCGGAAAAACCGGAUCGAUUUGUAUUUGCACUGCGAUUUUGUUUUCGCCAAUCCGGUGUAUUAUACGAGAGAAAAUCGAAAUCGAAUCGUAUAAUAUAUACUCGUAUACUAAACUCGGUGCAUCAUUGUAACGCCAUUAUCCGCGUAAUCGUCGUAUUGUUGUUGAUUCUUCAUUUUUUUUUUUUUUUUAAAUGUUGUCAUCAUUAACGUAGAUACUGUGUUGUCAACACGACUAUUACACGGCACUGCAGUGUCCACACGUAAUGAGAUCUUAUGAAAAUACCUACACCUACCAGACAUAUUAUACCUAUUAUUAUUGCAGGUACCGUAAUAAUAUCCAAUAAUAUAAUAUGGUGUUGCGUAAUACGGACGAGCGUUUAGAUUUUUGAAACUCGGUAGAUCGUAUAAGAAUUGGAUUGAUAGCUAAAUCAAUAUUAAACCCAAGAUUUUCGGGGAAAAUGUGUACAUAUCGUAUAGGCACUACUAGACUACCAACUUUAGGGGUGCUGAAAUUAUGUCCCCACAAAUCUCUUUACACGACUCUGACAAUAGUCAACUACACCUCUUAUUUAAAAUUUUGUAUAUACAGAUUUAUCAUAACAGUUUCAACAUUAUUUUUCAUAAACAUAUGCAUUUUCUAUAGAAAAUCUGUAUUUUGUUCUACUCGUUAAUUAUGAAAUACAUAGAUAAAUAUUUCAUUUGUCAUUACUAUGAAAAAGCUAAUUUGGUUUUAUCAAGCAACUUCUCUAGGUGCGCCUAUGUACUACAAUGUCUCUGGAAUGUGAAAAUACGUUCUUAAAAAUCUGGUAGUCAACCCCCGCACAGAGACUAUAGAUAUUGUACUAGCACUACUACUACUACUACUAAUCGAUUUUACAAAAAUAAAAUAAGAAACAAAACAAUUUAAUCAAUGGUUAUGAAGCUGCGAUAAAGUUAUGAAAACCCAUUGAUAUUAAUAGGGUAUUUAUAUAAGUACCAGCUUUUGUGCCCAACCAAAACUAGUUUAACUGUUUAGCGAAUACCGAAAGCUUUUGAAAACAAAUAGGUAAGGUUUUUUUCUGAAAAUAUAUAUUAUUAUUAUAGAUUAUCUUUCUCACUGACAAUCUUUUUCAUCUAUAUAUUUUUGGUUUGACCAAAAAGUGAAUCGGCCAUAAAGAGCAGGAUACGAUUUCGGUCAAAAACGGUUAUGCCCAAAUAAAUAUAUAUAUUAAAUAAAUCGAUUUGUACAGUGGAAAUAAUACGACUGUAGUUACAAGCUGAAAAUCACCAAAAAAAUCAAACGGCUAACAAAUUUUGUUACAAAGUAUUGUAAAUUGAUAUUAGAAUUCAUUUUCAAGGGAAAUAACUUGAUAUAACGUACUAGGUAUUUAUUUUGUAACUUAAUGUAUACAGUGCAUAAACGUGUAUACUAUACACGUUUCGACUUCUACUAUCCAGUCGCAAAAUUAUAGGUGUCUGAAUUUUACAGUGAUUUUGGAUAUUGAACCUUUUGAGAUAUUUUUGUUUUAAAUUUCUUAGGUACGACCUCUAAACAAAAUCAAAGUAAACGAUCAGCUUUUUUUUAUAUUAAUAGUAAACAUCUUCUACGCGUUGUGCAUUGUAUUUGGUAUCAACUACAGCUCCCUAAUUCGCGUGUACACGUAUAUUCACGUAUUUCACGUUAUUUUUCGCUUAUUUUCAUUACGUAUUAGCGUGAAUAACAAUAAAACACGCGAACAUAGUAAAUUCCGGUGUAUUAAGUAGGUAUAAGUAUAUGGGAGUGCAAAUUUUUCAUUCGCGCGCAAGUACAUGGACUUCGUCGUCCGUUAAGUACCGUAUACUUGUUAAUAUGCGGUAAAUUGAAUUUUACUUUUAACACUGAAAUCGAGUUAAUCGGAGAAUCAAAAUAAGACUGACAAUCGCGUUAUUUUGUGCGCGCGAAUCUCGAAUUAUUAUAAUACCUGUACAAACAUGACGCGGCACAAACGCUUCGAACAGCGCACAGUCGGCGUUAGAAGAAUAAUGACUCUACACCGUGUAUAGUAUUGAAUCUGUCGUUUGUAAAAAAAAAAAACGCGACCGGUUUUUUUAGCACUGCACGAUCGCGAUAUUAUGAUAUACGUUAUUAUGUAAACACGAUUAAUCCGCAUCUCCGGCGUAUAAAAAGCGCAUAAAUUUGACUGCAGUAACGUCCGAGCUCGAGUCGUGUCCGGGAAUUCAGUUUGAGGAACGAGUGUAACACUCGCAUAAUGGCGUGAGGUAUUUACGCGUUUGCGAUUGGAAAAGCAGAAUAACAAAAAAAAAAAAAACCGAUUUUAACAGGACGCUUUAAAACGUUCGCCGUUUAAUUUAAUUCGCCCAUUGUGCGCGUAUAAUAUAAUAAUAAUAUUAUAACGCGUCCCGCGGAGAGGUUAUGUUUUUCUUUUCGUAUUAUCAUUAUAUUAUAUACUAUUAAUGUUACCGCUCGCGGUUACACCUAUUAUACGACGUCCUAUAUGCGCGAUUUGUGAUUUUUUUUUUUCGCGGACAUCCCGCGCCAUGGUGGCGACGGUGACGAGAGAGUCGUAUCGUCCGCGGGUGUUUUACAAAAUGUUUUAAUUAAAAUUAAAAAAAAAAAAAAACGCGCCGUGGGUAACUAUGUAAAAUAUUCGAAUUUGUAUAGUAGAGAUCCGAGUGGACGUUCGUUCACUAAAACAAAAGUUCACCGCGUUCGUUAGGACCGUUUGGUUUCACGGAUUUUCAAGUGUUGGGUUAAUCGAUCGUUGAAAUAAAAUAUUUUCCGAUACGACCCUGUGAACAAUGAUUAACAAUAAUGUAAGAAUUUUCGAGGUUCUUUUAAAAACGAACGUUAAAUCAAUGAGAAAAUAUGAAAGUCGUUCAAGUUCGUAUAUUAAUUGAAAAUUCCAUUCAUGGCUCGUUUGUAAAUAAAUCGAACGCGUUCUUAGAAAACAAUUUAAAUGAAGAAUUUUAGUAUGAACAUAAUUAAAAAAAUAUAGUCACUAUAUUUACCAGGAAAUCGAGGGACGUUACGAACGAACGAAUAUUAAAUCCAAACAAACUUACUGCAGGUAUCAAAUCACGAAAACGAGACUUCCAAAAUGUUUUUCUACCACUCACAUUGGUGUUAGUUAAUAGGAUUAAACAAUUUACGGCACCCUAUACCCCUCCCAAAAAAUAUGUACAUAUGUACUACUCUACACGUAUACGUAAAAAUAAAAUCAAACAGAGUUUGAGUGUAUAAUAUAGUCAAAUAGGUGUUAGAGAAUUUAUUUGUAUUAUAAAAUGUAUUAGAAUUUUUGAAAUUGCAUUGUUAAUAUCUUAGUAACAAACUAAAAUUUUUCCCCGAAACUAAAGGGAACGUAUAAUUUGAAUAAAAAUGGAAACAACAGCCUUUGAGUUGAAAUAAUUUUUCAACUUUUGUCGAUAACUUAAGACAUUAUUCAAUAUUAGUUUAAAUUCUAAAUGACUUUCUGACCUAACGCGGUUUAUCGUAUUGGAAACAUGCUGCAAUAUUCGACAGUCUAACACGUUGAAAAGAAAAAUUACUUGUAUACUUAUUUUUCGGUUUUCAGUGGGAAUCAUGAAUGUGAUGAUCAAGGUUCAUAACUAUAAGCAUUAAUUGAAUUUUUUUUUUGGUGAUAUUAGAGACACCUAUUUGAGCUUUAAAUUUGUUACAAGAAAUUUCAAAGUUAUAUACGAAAGUUUAUAUUGCAUAUUUUUGGAUAUUUCGAAAUUUAAGUACUAUUUUGUUUGUUUUGUUUGUUAACAGUAAUUACAGUACCAGUUAAGUGCUAUUUUGCUCUUUGUGUAUAUUUACCACUAUUCCAAUAUCGUAGGCUUCAAAAUAUACUUAAUAACAAGAAUAAUUUAAACAGUCUUGAAUAUCUUCACGUUUAUUCGUUUCUAUUAGAGUGCGCUGAAACCCAGUAAGACGGUAAUCAUCGAUGUAUUAGUAUUUUAUUUUUAUAGCUAUUAGGUAUUUCGGUGUCAUUAUUUUGUUAUUUAUUUAUUUUUUUUUUUAUAUUUUAUCGUUUUCAGUGAAUAUUUAAGUGCUUAUAUACACAUGUUUUUUUAAAGCAUAUUAUGGCCCGUAUAACAGCCUUUUUUUAAGAGCUACAAGUUAUGAGCACAGGUGAUGAUAAUACCUGUAUACCUAGAUUACUGGUUUCACUACCGAUACAGCAUAAUAUAAUAUAUGAAACGCGCGGUAAGGUUAGAUCGGGAAAUACGUAGCGAAAACAAAUGGGGUGGGUGGGGGGGUGAACAGAAGAAGAAAUAGAUGUUGUUUGUAAAUGUCUUUAAUUCAAUUCGAUUUCAAUAAUUUGAUUUUUGACGUCGUAAAUUCAAAACGUCGAUUUUUAUUCAAAUUUUAUUUGAAUUGUUUUUUGUUAAAUAAUAGUGAUACUAAUUCAACACUAAUAAGUCGGAAAUUUCGAGUAAGUACUUCGGUAAGUAAAUAAUCUGAUUAUUCACUCGCGUAAUAUAAGACGUAAUAUAUUUUUCACUGCUGUUACAUGCAGUAACGUCGAACAAUAGACAGCAAAAUCUUCGCGAUGUCUUUAUAUUGUGCAGUUUUUUUGUUUUAUUUUUUGUUGUAUUUUUUUUUUCAUCGGCCGUUCGUUAACUGACCAGUUUGACUCGCUAUUAAUAAUAAUAUUAUAGGUACCUGCCCAGGUAUGUACGGCGGUGCGUUCAGAUCCAACACGAGAAAACAAUACCCCGUUUGGAAUAUAAUUGCAGCACUCCGACGCGAAAGCAAUAACAAUUAAUAAAUUUUUUUUUAUUAUUAUUUUUUUUUUUUAAUCUCCCGCGAUUCACUUCAAAAACACAAUACCGUACGUGUUGAAUAACAUUAUUGGAAAGCCAACCUUCCUAUUAUUAUAAUAUAUGUUAUAACGGGUCUAAGCAAUUUUGCAGCGUAUAGCCGUCGUAUUAAAUACCUUCGGUAGCUGUUAUACUUCGAAGUACGAACCGCAUGGAGAUUUCGAUAACAGUUAAUAAAUAGUCAAAAGGUAAUCUUUAAGGACCUUGCUCGUGAAUUUUUUUUUACAAAUUGUUAACAUUUUCGAUUAACAAGUCUUGAAAAUUCCAAACAAAUGAUCUGAUUAGUUUCGAUUUUCAUAUUGUGAAGGAGACUGCACGCGACCUGGUUUUCGCUUAAAAAGCUUUACAGGAAAAACUCUCGAGUGGUAAAACAUCCUACAAGGCUUUGUACUGGAUUCGAUUUUUAAUUGUGUAUACGACAAUCACAAAAAGUAUUAGUUAAAAAAAAAAAAAUUACUAAAAUAUUAGUCAUAAAAACACCAAGAUGAUCGAAAUCGGUUUACGCUAAGAAGCACGAGGGUUUUCCCCUGUAUACUAUUAUGCCGAAAAAAAAAAUAUUGCUCCUAAAAAAAAAAAAAAUAAUAACCCAAAUCUUAAACAAACCUACAAAGACUUGCAAGUCAAUCGGUAUAGUGUUUCCGCGAAAAUAUCAAGAAUAUAACAAGUUCGCAAGACAGACAAUUUUCGUCGAGUCUAGGAUCAAUUUUGUGCCGUAAUAGUAUUAUUAUAGUUUUGCAGUGAUUGAUUGACUAUGAAACUUAAACGUAAGAAAACGAUCGGCCGUGUUUGCGCACAGGUUUCGUUCUCGAUAUUUUGACUUUUGAGCGCGCCACAAUACAUUUUUCACGCCCUCGUUUGAUACGACUCGUAACGGCAUCGCAAAAUCGCACCUGUUGCAUGCGAAUUAGCGUCUUGAAAAACUUAUUUUCCGAACGUUUCACAGUCCCGCCAUAUGUUAACCGGUGUCCCCCGACAAACUCCUACGCGCGUUUAUUUAGGCACUCGGCGCGACAAUUGCGUACACCAGAGCCGAUCGUUCGCCAAAACCCGUAGGCGUACGAUUGAUACGUAACAAUAAUAAUCAUAGAUAGGUAAUAUUAUAACACUACGAAUAAGGAAUAAAUACGCCCAAUCCGAGCGCGUAUAAAUCGAAUAUUAUACGAUUACAUAUUAUAAUGACAUGUAAUUUUAAAAACGUGGGCGUGUAUAUUCGGUACAGCUAAUCGAAUUCGGAUAUUUACCGUCUAAAGACCGGUGGCGUGUUUCGUAUAGCAUCAGCACGCGUCUAUAGUAAAUUAUUUCUCCAGUCCGCCUUCCGAUCACCCAUCGAGUUUUUUUUUUUUUUUGCUAUUUUUCAGUACACGAUCACUCAAUUAGUUUCAAACGACAGACAUCCCGAUUUAUACGGAUUUAGUUUCAAAAGAGCUAAAUAUACGCACGAACCGAGUGUCGAGUAAUGGCGAUGAAAACAAUUUUGUGCCAAUAUGAUGUAUUGGAUAGGUUAAUAUGGAUGAAUUUUCGUGCAUGUUAAUAUAUUAUAAGUUGUUCAAUUUAUUUUAAAAAUUCUUGAGAGGCGAAAUGUUCAACGUUCUCAAGCGACUAUACAAAAAAUCUUAUCUGUUUCAAUAUUUCUGCGAGAAAAUCGGUCAAUCGGGGUUUUUUCGUAAUAUACAUUUUAUCCGAACCCAGUGUAUAGCAUUAUGUGUUGUCGGUUUUCAUUUUUUUUUUUUUCAGAAUAACUGCCAGUGAUUUACACACAUUUUUCCAAUGAAAUAGAAAAUCCGUAUUUAUUAUUUUUUUUUCAAGGUACAUUGUAAACGUUUUUGGAAGAUUUUUGCUAACGGAAAAAGUAGUCGAAAAAAUUACUAUUUAUUAUUUUAAAAUAUACAAAAGUAGGUUGGCAUAAAACACGUUUGGUAUAAUUAAUAAUUAAUACAAGGGUGAAGGGAAUAUAACGUACAUUGUUUAAAAUAUAAUUUAUUUGUGUUGUGACCUUAAAAAGUCAAUACGUUAAAGCCGGAAACAUUUUAACAUACCUACAUAAAGUAAAUUAUUUUUAUAUAAUGUUAUUAGUUAUUACUAAAAAAAUGUAAAAAUAAACCUCAAAUUAUUAUGCAAAAUCAAAUUAAAUUUAUAAUCUUGAUAAAAUGAUUUAAAUUAAUAGCUGGCUUAGUAAUUUAGUGAGUACCUAAGUGAUUAUGGUAAAAUAUUCUCCAUAUUCUUUAGAGGAUUUUCGUCAAAUAGCUUAUGGUAUGAUUGUCGGUGUUUUACAUCAGUUUUUCAAAAAAUAAUAAAACCAUCGAAACAAGAUAAUUGAAAAAAAACUCACUGAGAAAACUAUUAGUGAUAAAAAAAAGUCAAUUUAUUUUUUCGCGGCAAAUAAAUCAAAUUAGUUAAUUCAUCAUUGAUCGAUGAAAAAUCUUCAUCUUUAGAAUUUGUCAAAUCCACAGGCGUCAUUGAAGGCUGACGAGGGGUAGUGAUUGCCCCGCGCCAUUUUUAUCGGGGUGGCAAAUUAUUUGCUACACUACUUUAUGAGUAAUUUUUAAACAAAGUAUAAUCGUCCUACUUUUUUCAUAAUACGAUGGCUACAUUAAAAUAAUUAUUUACUAUCGGCUAUAUCGAAUUAUAACGGGUACUAAUUUUACUCAAUUGAUUAUUUAACACUAUAUUUGACAUAUGAAUGCCUAAUUUUGGCGAACAAUUGACCGAGACUUAUCUACUGCUCUUUCACUCCAAGUAAACAAUAAAUAAAUUAAAAAUAUUAUUUUAUUCGAGAUUCUUCCUGCCCCGUAGUUGUACUUCAAACCACGCCUAUACGAUUAAAUUUAUAUCAUUUAAUGUUUUAUGAACAUCAAUCACACAGGUUUUGGACUUGAAAGAAGAGAUUUUUUGCGAACACGUCGAAUACUUUGUUCGUACUGCGGUUACAUCAGAUACUGUACGAUUUUAUUAAAACUAACGUCGUGUGAUUAAAUCGUCUAUUGAAUUCAUGUUACAGGCAGUGUUUGAUUCAGACAAUUUUUCCGAAAUUGACUCUCUUACUAAGACCAGUCGAAUUUGUUUAAUAACAAUUGAACAAAUUUACCCACAUUUAACAGGGGGAUAAACAAAAUACCUAUAAACAUAGAUUCAACGCUGGCUGCGGGUAAUUAUGGCGCGGCGAAUUGAAACCUUUUCGGAGGCGGGGAUUUUAUUCCAAUAGCCGCUUAUACCUACCGAACAAUUCGCGAACCACCCGUCGGCACACACGGAGAGUUCUUAUCGCUUUCUUAAAAACCGUCGUACAAGCAGACCCGGGCGGCCGCCGCUCUAUAUUACGCCCUUCGGCACGCCCGCAUUGUUCGACGCAGAUUCGGACCGUAACGGACCGAAUCCUUUCGGCGCGAACGUGCGGUUCCCGUGCGAACCGACCGACCGGAACGGUGGGGGGGGGAAGGGGGGAGGGAGCCCGGUGCGCCGAAAAACGGGUCCCGGACCCGCAACAGCAGCAGCAGCGGCAGCCGACGACGACGAGUACGUGGAAGCGGUGCGCCCACGUGCGCCGCGGCGGGCGCGGUCGCCGCACACGGGACGGUAAUGAUAAAAUUAUUAAUUAUACCGCGUGGGCCGCGGCCGUGCGAAAACGGCCGUGCGAGACGCGCGGGCAAUCGCGCGAUACCAUCGUAAUUUCAUUUGUUGUUGUCGCGCGGAAAUCGCCGUAACGGUGACAUUAUUGCGCGUUCUCUCCGAACACAACAUUAUUAUCAUAAUAUAGGUAGGGUACGUACGUCGUGGCGGGAAGGUCAUAAUAUUAUUUAAUACGUCGCCCGUCGGUUGGUCGGUCGGUCGGUCGGUCGGUUCGGGAGUCCGUUGCCCGGAGGUCAACGUACACGCGUCGCCCCCUCCCGCCCCCUCGCCGGAACGGCCGCCGAACGACCGGUUCGGGGCUGUGGCGUGCGUGUCGUCUAAGUUCACGUGUAUUUUAUUCAUUUUUUUUUUUUCUAUUUUUUUCGACACGCGAAAACGUGUUGCCUGCGACGACGGCACACACGCGUCUGUCUAGCGGCGCGUGUGUGUACGUACACAUCAAGUUCGCCCACCGCGACUACUUUCCAGCCCUCACUCCUUUCCCGCCCCGUCACGCUGCCCCCUCGCCCCUCCCCGGCCCGACGACGGUAAUUAUCGACGAGUCCGCGGCGUCGAGCGUAAUUUUUUUUCGUCUUUACCGAUCGCCCGGGCCGAAAGCCGAAAACCGGAUAAAAGAAGUUUCUGUCGCUGUUUUUUUUUUUUUGUACACCUCCCAGGUAUACCGUUUUGUUUCAAAAUGCCGACUAUUAUUGUACGAAUAAAUUGUAGUUUUCGUUUUUAUUGUUGUCGGUACAUACGUGCGCAUUACAACGCGCGGCACGGACACGAGCUUACGGUAAAUACGCGAAAAAGGGAACGAAAUUCAACAAAAAACUCGUGUUCCCAUAUUUUAUACGGCCGGUCGCCGGUCGUUUGUAUACCCGCGGCGCGAAUUAUUAUCCUGUCCAAUUAUGAAUUUCGCACAUAUUGACGGUAAUGAUGAUAAUAUGUUAUUUUUGUCAAAUACAUAUAUAUAUAUGAAUAUAAUAUUCAUUCGAUAGUUCGUUCUUCGUGCUAGUUUUUAUUGUUUUUUUUUUCGUUUUAUUCCUAUGCGAUGUUGUUUUUCUGCUGUUAUUCGACGGGACAAAAAAAAUAAAAAAAAUUGACGAGACUAACGUGUUACAUAUUAUUGUUAUUUGAGAAGCAACACGCGAUUCGUCAUCAUCGUCGUCAUCACAAUAUGUUAUCAUACGUACGAGUAAUACCUAUUCGAUUUCGUGUUACAAAUACCGGGCAAUUCGUUUUGUAAAAAAAUCGACAGUCAAAUAUUAUUAUCGUGUUCGCGUGCGUAGAUAAUAUCGAAAACAUUAUUUGGAACAGUUUUGUAUACAGCAGUUCAGCGUAAGUCACGGUUGUGAAGCGCCCGGGAAUUUACGACUGGAAGGGACGUAGUGCACAUUUUUAAGGCAAUCGCGAUUCUCGAGUAAAUCGUAAAACACGCUUUUGUUAACGACAAAGCCGACAACGAGAAUUUGAUUUUAUUCGAAAAAAUAAAUCCAGAAAGGAAUUGCCAAUACACUCAAAAUCAUUGUAUUUUUCAACCCGUGGAGGGGUAUAUAACCUCUAACAUGAGCGUACGCACGGGGGAAACAAGAGAGGUGGCCUCCUCCCAUGCGGAAUUUCCCGCCAAAAUAUUUUCAAAAAUAAACAUAUUACGUAUACAUUUUUUUUAAAUAUUAAACCCCAACGUAGUACUCUUAAUUUUGUGCACUGGCGCAAACAGGGGAGGGUUUGAAGGAUUUAUAAUUCCCCCUCCUCCAAAAACUCAACUAAGCCCACCUCCAAAAAUAUUAAAAUGAUUUUUGUGUAAGGUUUGAUUUCAAACGCCUCCUCUGUGAAAAGGAACUAAGCACUCUUAUAACCCAUAAAGUUCCUCCCGCGUCACUGUAGGUCGCGUAUAACUAUAUUAUUAUUUAUGCAGUGUACCGUGAAAUACAUUUUACUUGAAUAAAAAAAAAAAAUACGGCGUUACGAUAUUAUUUUAUAUUUAAUAAAGUCCCGGUGUAGCCGUUUAUUGCGAUUACCCCGUAAUUUGAAAAUUAUUUUUUACAUUUAACGGCUCGUUCACUAAUCUAUCGUUUAGGGGAAGAUGUCCGUUUUUUAAUUACGAUUUCGUGGGAAUAAGACCGAUGACUCAUUGUCAAUAAGCAUUUAUUUUUAUUUUUUUUUUUUACUUUGAUAAACAACAGCCAUCAAUUAUUUGUUUGUUUACAAAUAAUCGUACUGUAAAAAAGUCUGUAAGAAAAUUUUCGAGUUGAGAUUUAAUUUACAUUUAUAUUAUUAUUAUAUAUAAACGUUGAGAUUAAAAUAUUACAAAACGGAAUUCAAUCUGUAUGAUCAUUUUCUUUACUAAAAAAAUAAAAUAAAAAAUCAUCAAAAUCAAACCAUUCUAAACACUGGUGUACGCGGGAGGGAGGAGAAGUUAGAAAUUGUAUUCUAUUCUCAUUGGCUUAAAAAUACAAAAAAUUAUGAGUGAUCUAAUAUCGAAAUGCAUAUAUUUCUGGAUAAAUUCCUUACUUCUGUCAAAAUCUAAAAUGCAAUGAAAUAUUUAUUUUUUUUUUUAAUAAAUCUUCUAUGACCAACCGUUCUAUGCGAUAUACAUUAUAAUUGUUAGAUAAAUUCAAGAGUAAACGCGCCAUUUUUUAUAUAUUUAGUUAUAUAUACAUUCAUAAAGAAAUUGUAUCGCUCCGCUCCAAUUUAUAAACACAUGUUAAUUUACACGUCUGUACACAAAGAACAUUUGCAAUAAAACAAUAAUUGUACCGUUAUGCCAUUUUUUUUUAACAAUUAUAAUAGUCGAGUUUUUUUUUUGACGAUUCAAAAAAAGUAUUUAAAAAAAGGUUUUACAAUAAUGAUAUAUAUUAUUAUUUUCUAUGAACAACUUUUUUACUAGAAAUCUUGUUCGAUUUUCAAGUACACCUUUUCUGGGAGGGAAUUUUAUCUUUUGGUUCGUAUAAACGUCAUUUUUUGAUUUUGUAAGCGGUUUUCAUAAUAAUUAGAAAAAACUGGGAAAAAAACGUAGGAAAAACGGUAAAAUUUAGGCAGUGUAUUAUUUUCAAUUUUGUUUUUAUUGUAAUUCAGUUAAACAUAUUUGUAAAGACUUUAAAUUUAGAUAGCAAAAUAAUAUUUGUGUUUUUCAGACUUAGUAAAAUUUUCAAAACAUUUUAGCCAUUUUUGAGCUAUUUAUAAAAUGUACAGGGUUUUUAUACACAAUUUUUAGACCAAACAGAAAUACUUGAACAUUUAAUAGGGGGCUCAUUAUAAGUCGUAUAAGAAUUUCAAUAUCAAAUUUUGGCGAAAAUCUAAACUAUUACAGCAAUUUAAACAUGUAUAACCGAACUCUGCUCAGAAUCGUUUUCGUUAGCAAAAAUUAAUCGUUGCAUACGGAUAUACAUUAAAUUUUCCUCCAUAUCCUACAUCUUCACAUACAACAGUGGCCCAACCAUCGUACGAAGUAUAUCCGUCUUUGUUUUAUACGUACGUAUUUUUAUUGUUUAUUUAUUUAUUCUGUUUUAUGUAUUUGUAUUUUUAUUUUGAAAUGUAUUUCAAUAUGUUGUUAUUGAACCGUAGAAAUUCAAAUUUUAAAUAUUUAUAAACGUAUUCUAUUUGAAAUUGAAACAUCUCGCGAGAGGAUUUUCAGGUUAGGUUACGUAAACAAAAAUUGAAUUAGGCGAGAAUAAUAUUUUGAUCGCGCGACGAGGUUUAUGCAAAAUGUUGAUUGAAUGAUAUUACGUUCGCAUACCGUCGUCACAUUUUUUUUUUUUUUUUAAUUUACAUAUUUUUCACAUAGUUCGUGAACAAAUAACAUAAUUAUUUGUAUUAAAUGUAUUCGAUACCGCAGCGGUCUUCUGAUAUUACUGUAUUAGCAAACGUCAACAUCUGGUAAAAGAAAAUAAACGAAUACAAUUAAAUAUCAUAAUUAUUGAGAAGCCGUAAUUGAAGAACAUAAUUAUACACUUAUAAGUUAUAUUAUAAAAUCAAUUCGCGCAAAACGAUUGUAUAAUAUUUAAAUUAUUAUAUUUUAUUUUACGUACGGGAUCUUUAAAGUUAUUUUACAAGAAACCGUAUCGGUUCGAUUGCAUUUUUGCAGCUUUAUAUUUCCGCUAAAAAUAAUUCGAUGUCCCGAUUGGCCGAGUGCGUUGUAACCUACGAGUCGGCUCAUUUGAACUGCAAUAGCUAAUAGAUCGUUUCGAGAUAAAAAAAAAAAAUGGAACAGACUAACGAAAUAAAAAAACGACGGAUGCAGAUUAUAUUAUCAAUUUUGGAUUUCAUAGUCGAAACACGUAGGUAUGCAUGAUAGUUUAGUAUAUUAUUAGUGCACACGUAUUUGAUUUGAGAGGACGUGAUAUCCGCAUGUUUCGUCUCCGUCUUACUAUAGCAUGACGCAGCAAAUUUUCGUUCAGCAGGGACAACUUUGUGCUAUUAGUUUUAAUAUUAGAGUGAAUCGACCUAUUACUAUCAAUCAUAAAUAUAAGAACAUAAUAUUCUGUAGGUGAUAUUUUUCCUAUAUUAUAAUUUUUAAGCGUGACAUUAAGCAUUAUUAAAUUGUAAAAUUUCACAUACUCAUAACUCGCUUGAAAAUUUAAAUUUCCGAAAAGUUUCAGCAAUGUUUUUGUUUUUAAAUGCAAUAACAGGUCAGUUUAUUCUGAUAUCAAAACUAACAGCACAAAAUCGUCCCCAAUGAACUCAAAUUUUGUUUUGUUCGUAAAACGGAGACCGCACGUAUUUGAAUUACGUCCUCUUAAAUUUCGAACACAUUAAAAUAAUAUACAUACAGUAUGUAUUAUGAAUACGAAAUUUGUCAUUAUUUGUUUUUUUGAAAUAUAUUCCAUUAUACGUAACUACUGUCAGUCUUGGUUUUAUAAUAUAAUUGUCGACGAAAUUAUUACCGUUAAAAAUACAGCUAAGCUAAUAUUUAACACACACAUUAGAUUUGUUUUCACGUGUAGCACUUACAUUGCAAUCAAAAUGGUAUAUGACCCGAGGCGGGUUCCAGCAAAACACGCAAAAACAAAUUAUUUUAGCAUCCGCAUACCCAUAAAAAAACUAGUCACAAUGUUAUUAUUACAGUAACAGUGUAUAAUAUUAUACACUGUUUAAACUUGGAAAAAAAAUGGGUUGUAAAAGUUCGUAACAUUUUCUUCUUCUUCUCUUUAUCUCGUGGUGAAAAUUGGGUCAACUGUUAUAAUUAUACACACUUACUCUUAACCUCUAAUAUUUCUUUGACCUACCAACCUCUUCUUCGAGGCUCCCGUCUACACUCGUGUGUAAAGUAACGUAAUUAAAAUUUCCCAACGGGAAGGGAAUAAAAAAAAAAAAUAGAAUAAAAUACCAGAACAUUGCGAUUGUUUUGUCCACAAUUCACACUGCUUACCUCAUUUAUAUCUAUAUGCAAUGCAAAUAAAUCGUCGCUAAUUAAAAACUAUUCUGAGCCAAGUUCGGUUAAUCGCGUUUUGAUAAACUUAAUGAACUGACAAUAAUGUAUUAAUUUGUACAUAACUACAAAAUAAAUUAAAAUUGUCCGCGUUUUUUGGUCUCGAAUUUUCGAGCGUUUAUGUAGGACCAACACAAAGUUUUGUCCGCAUUAGUCGGAAAAUAGUACGUGAAAUAUUGGAAAUUUACGACUUUCAUAACAUUUUGAAUUUUAUACACCUUAGAUAUUUAACAAAAAAUCAUACCACAUCUAUAGAAAGUGCUAGUAAAAUAGUAUUCAUUUGAAAAUUCAGGCACCCACGACAAUUAUUUCUAACCAAACAGAAAUCGGUAUCACGUGAAUUUUCCGACAUUUAUUUCCUCCGAUAAUGAAAACGCGCGGUACAUUUUUAAUUACCGAUGCGUUACUUGUAUGCAUUCAUGUGGAGAACAAAAGGAAGGUUAGGUUAGGUUAGUGCGCCGGAUUGUUUAUGCAUUAUUAAUCAAAUCAAGUCUGACCCGCAGACCGUUCGAAUCGCGAAAAUGAAUUUUUCCGAUUUUCUCUUCGUAAAACUUCAAUGUCGACGGACGGGGACAUUGUAUCGAAAACGGAUCUUCGCCUUUUAUGAAAAUAAUAAUAGUAGGCAUCUAAUCUGUACAUUUUUUAUCCGUUUUGUUUUUGUUUUUAUCACGCCGCCGUCGUCGUCGUCGUCGGCACACCGUUGUGCACCGUCAUACUCUACACUAUCGUGUCAAAAGCGAAAAACGAUUCUGCGGUUUCGGUGUCAUCCGAGUCAGUGUAAAAUAAUAAUAUUAUCUCGUUGUCGUGAUGCGUACGCCGGGCCUAACCCGGAGACCGAUCUCGAACGGUACCGGGCCGGAUUAAGGUCACCGCACUUUUCGCCGAUCCGAUACGAAUUUUCCAUUUUUAGACCUCGAGCGGAGUCGGCCGGUCGAUAAUGCGCGCGCGUUUGUUGUUCGAUAAUGAUUUUGCAAAUAUUAUCAUUAUUAUUAUUAUUAUUACUAUUAUUAUUAUUAUUAUUAGGUAUUGUGAUCGACAGGACCCCGUGAAAUCUCCGCCCCGGACAUAAUAUUAUUAUAAUCAUCGUGCCUACGAUAUUAUACACGGCGCAGCGUUCCGACGAUACACGUUCGCUUUCGGAGGACGGAUUUUGGAUUUCGGUGUUUUACUGCACAAUAAUAUGACGCGAGCAAAUUUUAGCCCUUUUUUUUUUCUCUUUUUGUUCAUCGACGACUUUUCUAUACCGAAAAUCUCGCUCCGGUCGUCGGUGUCUGGGCGUAUACCGGGUUCUAUUUCUGUACCCGGAAACGAUUAAACUGGACCCUGUACUUUUAGACAUUAAUCACAAACGCUCUUCGAGUACCAGUCUAUUUAUCUAAGCUUCUUCUUUUACUAAAGGCCCUUCUCCGUCUUCGCGAACUGAUUCUCCGUUCUUCUCUGUUUGUAGCCAAUCUUUUCAUGUGCCUGUGUAACUAUUACAGCCAGCUUGUAUUAUCAUUUCUUUUAAAUAUGCCUUUUUUGGUCUUUCUCUUCCUUUAUAUCCAUUUAUCCAUCCUUCAAAUAUGUUCGUUACAAACGGGAUACAGACUCAAUAAGUGGUCGCACAUUAUUUUUCCAUUUCUUUCCCAAAUAUUCUGCUCGGCAGAUUCUAAGCUACAAUGGGUAAUUUAAGGAAACAGAAGGAAAUUUAAGAAAACGCGGAAGACAAUUUUAAUACCUAUUCGUUGCGUCGGUGGCGAUGUCUUGUUUUUUGAUUUGCUCUUGUAAUUUUCAAAAUAAUCGGGAAAAUUUCUUCGACAACUAUGGUUUUCAUUUUUUUCUAUUUUUUUUUUUCUGCGUUUGUUAUGUUUGCCGAAUAGAUACUUGCAUUAGCGUUUUAUAGACGCGCUAAAACGUUCGAAACAUUCAGACAAUUUUCGGUAUAUUUUUAGGCGUUUCGAAUUUUCGAGUUUAUUUCUGUUUUACGCGGAUAAAAUUGUUUCGGCCGAUCAGAAACUCCGUAAUUUAGACGGGAUAAAUCAUAAAUCGUCGUAAUCGGCGGUGGAGAAAAAAAAAUUUAACGCAAUAUAGUAGCCGGUUUUUUCGUAAGAACAUAUUAAUAUUGUUUAGACCGAACCUCGCUCAGAACCGUCGUGUGAAUUGAAUACUUGUGCGUUUUAUGUUUUCUAUAAAUUCGAGGUUCAACGUGCGGACCAAAGUGGUCCGACGAGAAAACAAAACAAAAGUAAAAUAGUGCCGUUGGUAUGAAUUAUUAAACCUAUUAUACGCAGUUAAUUGCCCACGGGUCGGACAAACUCGGUUUUUAAGCCGGAAAACGGGCGACACAUUGCCUCCGCGGCUAACCACUCUCACCGGACUAUGAUUAUAAUAAUACGAUGGUAUUAUACGUGUAUACUGUGUAUAUAUAUAUAUAUAUAUACAGUAUAGAUACCGCGGUAACCGACCAAAAUACUUACCGGCGUUUUGAAUGCCCUUCACACGGCCGCUCAUCCCGCGAUUGUGUUCCGCUGACAAUGAACGGAAAAAGAACAAAAAUAAUCAUACGCGUUAAAAGUAGACCUAACUCUGUCUGGCUAUACGAUCGUAAUUAUUAUUACUACCGUCGUUUUAUAUUGUCGAGCCGCGGCGAUAAGGAUCUGAAAACGGAAAGGUUUUUUCUCUUUUUUAGCGACGGCCGGAAGGCGAAAUUAAAAUAAUAAUAAUUUCGCAGAGUUAUAAUAAUAUACGGUUCGCGUGCGAUUGCGACCGCGUGUGUGCGUAUUGUUAUCCUCACGCGCACAUACACACUUCACCCACUGACCUGGUUAUAAGGUUAGGCGUAUAACAAUAAUAUUAUUAUCACAAUCUCGAUAAAUUCUACGACGAUGACGACGGCAUUUUUCCGCCGUAUAAUUUCCCUUUGGAAAUACGUUUGCCAAUGUAUAAGCGGUAUCCAUAUUAUAUACUCGGGCUAUAUUAUGAAUACAUAAUAUAGCACAUUCGCCGAAAACAUAAAACACGGAGACGGGAGACCAGGUUCUGUGCGAAAAAAAAAAGUCCGUCGACUUCUGUCGGAAAAACAAUCGAUAAAUCUAAAUGGGUGCAUCGAAUUUAAAUCGUAACUACAAAAAAAACAAAUACGCUAAAUUUUGUCAGAUGUUAUAUGACGUUACGUAUUUUUUAAAUACGAAUCGUGUGUGAAAACUCAUGUAUUAUUAAUAAAACUACUAAGUCGAAAAUUAAAUUGGUAAGCGUGCAUUUUUUUUAGGUCUUAACAAUUUAAAUUUGACAUCCACUUAAAUAUCACUUAUAGGUGUCUUGUAAACUAUUUCACAUAAAGUAGCUAGACGUAUGAAAUUCGGAAUACUUGCUAUUUUUUUUAGUAAAACAUUACUUCCCUGAAAAAAUACAGUCCUGUAACACAACUAGCCUCAUAGAUAGAGGAGGGUCGAACAGGGCUCGAAUAAUAUUAGUCAUAUAGUAAGUAAUAGAAAGUAGAUAGGUAACACUGAUAACAACAUCGAUAGUUAAAUAACCGAUUAUUUAAAAAAAUGGCCAGAUUUAGACGGUUCUGGUUAAUUUAGAGGGCGUGAUACCAAAUUGUGUUGUCUCUGUCUUACAAACGUAAGUGACGAGAAAUUUACGUUCAACAAUAACAACAGUGUGCUUAUUUUUUAAUUUUUUUGUUUUUUUGUUUACAUUAAUUCAAGUUAAUUUCAAAUUCGUUUCCAAGGCACGUAUAUAACACUGGGCGAUUAUAUAUUAUAAAAAUAAAACGAACAUACUUCGCACGGUGAGUGGGCCACCGUUGAAGUUGAAAAGUUAGGAAGGUAGGAUGUAGAGGAGAAUUGAAUGUACCAUAUAUGUGUACGCAACGAUUAAUCAUUGCUAACGAAAAACGAUUCUGAGCGGAGAUCGGUUAUUUUAAAUAAACAAAAAGAAAUAAUCAUCGUUGUAAAACCAAUACAUUCCUCGCUUCGCUAAGAAUCUAAAAAUAUAUUCGUGCCGAGGUAUCGAAUUCAGUCGGUUUAAUGGGCACCCGGGUGAGAGGCAAGACGGGGCAUCUGCCACCUCCGGACUUCAAAAUUGCAUAUAAUACGAUUUUAUUUUAAGUACUUUUCGGUAUUUGAUUCUAUUAUACCCCUCCCUGAUAAGUUUCCUACGGGCGCCCGCGGUCAGUAUAUACAAUAUACAAUAUAUAACUAUACACAUAUGAUAAUGUCAAACCGAAAUAAAUAAAAAUCGAAGAGGGCGACGAUGGCCGCGUAACGGAUCGUCUCGGACUUGAUGCCGUCGCUCAUCGCGUGUCGCGCGUACGGCUAUAAUAAUAAUAAUAUUCCAACAAUGAAAAGUAAAAUCGCGGCCGUUCGUCGCGGACAAUAUUCGGAAGUAAACGUCGAAAAUCGAUUAGGCUGCACGCGGGUCGCCGGGUUCAUUGUAAUCACGCGUAUACGCGUGUGUAAACAGACAAUGGAGUCGUACGGACAACAACAAUAAUAUUAUAGGUAGGUAAAUUAUACGAUACGAUGAUGUGCGCAUCGUCGAUGGUCGCCGGAAGAAGUGGUCGUUUAAGAGAUGGUAGGGAACCGUGCAGGAUCUCUGCAGUGAAAGGCGGUCCACGACUCCGCCGCGGCAUACUGGCCACAGUCCUUUUGAUUCUCGGGCCAACUGCAAACGCGUUUGCCAACACGACUCGUACACAACAAUAUUAAUAUACCCAAUCGUCGCAAACGGAUAAAAACCAUUUGCACCGUAUAGCACUGCGUAACGCGAACCAUGGUAAUUGUUAAUAAAAUUACGUUUUUCAAGGUAAAACGUUUGCGGCGAUUUUCGUUUCGAUCGGUUUUCACACCGGACAAUAAUGUUAUCCGUUUUCACAGGUGUUGUUGGUGUUGUUUUGUUUGGUCGCCUGCGGCCACGGCAGACCGUCGGACGCGGACGAACACGACGAGAUACUGAGAGAGGCGAAAAAGGAAAAACACUACCAACAGUGAGUACCUACCCAUCGACGUAUAAUAAUAAUGUUUCGAGUGUAAUACGCCUCUACCCUAUAUAAUAUGAUUACGCACGUACGUGCGAGUACUCUUCGGGCCUUCGGUCUCUACGAGACAUACGAUUUAUAUAUAUAUAUAUAUAUAUACCUAUAUAAUAAAUAUGUAAAUAGUAUGUAAUCUGCAAAACUAUAUAACACACACUCACUGUCAAUAACAACAAUAAUACGUCCUAACAAAACACUGUGUAUUAAAUAACAUGUACAAAAGGGUUUAACGCGUCUAACGGUGACGAUAUGAUAACAACCGACUUAUUAUAUUUAAAAAAAUUAAAAAAAAAAAAAAACGACCGACUAAAAACUGACUAAACUAUAUUUAGCGCUGUCCUCUUGAAAAAUACGCUAAAAACGAUUUCUAUGUACACCUAUAUACUAUUAUAAUAUACUUAUAAUAAUAUUACGCGUAUAUAUUACAAUAAUAAUAUAUACUUAACACACGCGUUAUAGCAGUGCACAAUUUUUUUUCAUCUCGGUGGUUUUUCUUGUUUUCUACGGUUUUUAGUGCUUUAUAUAUGUACGAAAUUACGGCAAUAACGGAUCGGUCGAUAAUCAGCGUGCGUAACAUUUGCGUAGAAGGUAAGCUUAUUUCACACUUUUUUUUUUUUUUAAUAUUAUCCGAUUAAUUUUUCUUUUAAGAAGCUUUAUACAUUUUUCGCUGUAAUUAUUUAACAUUAUUUUUUACUUUAUAUUUUUUACUUGUAUUUUAAUUUUGAUAUAUUAUAAUGUAUACCAUAAAAAAAAACACCCUCGAUGUUUAAUUUCGAGACACAGCGGAAAAAAUAUGUAGCAUAAAAAAUAAAAAAAUGUAAAAAAAAUAAACGAAAAUAUAUUAUGUAAACUAUUUUUUUAACGGUGAGGGGUUUUAAUAUUAUAUACGUUUCAAUUUCGGAUUAUGUUUUGACUUUCGUAUACAGGCGGGUCUAAUUAUUGAAAAUGUUGUGUAUUCUAGCGAUGAUAGGGCCGACGGCGAACAACCGGAAUACCGAACGGAACCGGCGGCAACGAGCACUACAGAAAACGUGUUGAACAGAUUGAAAUCCAUAGCGCACUUGCGAAUGGCCGCGGACACGAGAGUCCAGGGAUCGCCUCCGAUGACCAGGGAAGAACUGGAGGCGCUCCGGGACCUCCUGGACAAAAAUCUACGAAAGUAUCAAAAUUUCGACGAUUACUCGGUGAGGAAACGGCCAAACAACGAUCCGUACAUAGGUCAAAUCCUACAAAACUUGAACGGAGAACGCCCGCACGCUAACCACAACAGCAAUAACGACAACAACAAGGCAUUGGAACAACUCCGGGGUCAAAUGCCCAUCAGGCGUAAGAUAAUCAGGCACACGGUGUUCUCGUCGCCUUUGCAGAACGGCGGCGACGCCGACCAGAAGCGGGGCGUAUACCCUGCGGGCGGUGACGGGGCGUCCAGGAUCGAAUGGCCGUCGUCACCGUGGGCCGAAUACUUUCCGAUAUUGAUCAAGGACCCGUUCCAGACAGUGAUGAACUCGUUUUCCGAGAUCAUCGAAUACGGACCGGCGGCCGACAUUUGUAGGCACGCGGCGACCGGAGUUGACGACCGUGACGGCGACUCGUCGAAUCGGAUGGACCGCGGCGCCCGGCGGCGGGACGGCCGAUCGUUCGGUCCGGAAUCCGUCCCGGUCAGGCCGGACGCGCUAAAACGGUCCCGUCGAAACACCGUGGCUCCCGCGGAAGAGGAGAAAGGCGUGCUGCAACACGUAGUCAAUAGACCGUACAAGCCGCACGGGCACGGACACGCGACCACGACCACAGAGACGCCGAAGCUGUACCAAGCCUGGGCGCCGGACAAGCAGGCCACCGAACAUCACGGUGACACGGGACCGCAGAUCAAGAGACUGGUGGUGAGGCGCGGCGGAGUGGCGAUCGCGGGUCCCGGGGGAAUAGCCACCGCGGGUUCCGGGGGCACGGCUAUAGUGGGCCCGGGCGGCUCGGCGUACAGCUCCAAGGACACGGCGUCCGGCGCCAGCGGUGACAUGCCGUUGCAGCAGGGCGUUUCGAUGGCCGGCUACGGGCCGCAAAUGGUGCAGCAAGGCCCGUCGCCGGGCUACUACGCGCCGUAUCCGCAACAACACAACGGUUUCGGCCGGAGCGUGGACGGAGGCGGCGGCGGCAGCGGCGGUACCGCGAUACUGUCCGCCGACGGCGUCGCGUACACGUUUCCCGAACCGUCCCGGGGUCUGACCACGGGCCACGGUUCGGCGGUCGCGGGCCGCCCGCAACUCCGGCGCUACGACGACGCCCGCGAAGACGGGCCACGCCCGUCGUCGGCGUUCCGGGGAGCCCAGGAAAUCAGACUGCCGGACGGCGCUAAGCUCAUAGCCACCGGGCCGAUCGUGUACUACAAUCCGGAACCGUCGUCGUGGGCCGCGACGAAGAAAAAGUCGCGCAAGGGAAAAAAGUCCACGUCCGCGGCGAAGAAACGCGACGUCGACUACGACGAUUGGUCCACCUGA